AUGCCAUUGUUGCGUCAUCUUGAACAACUUGAGGUCAGGGAUUGUGGUUCCAUUGAAGCUUUAUUCAACAUCUACUUGGAUUGUGUUGGUGAGACUGGAGAAGGCAGCAGAAGCAGCAGCUUGAGAAGCAUUGGAAUAUAUCAAUUAGAGAAUCUAAGAGAGGUGUGGAGGAUAAAAGGUGGUGAAAAUAACUCUGGUCUCCCUAUCCGUGUAUUUCAAGCUGUUGAAAGCAUAAGUAUUUACGAAUGUAAGAGGUUUAGUUAUUUGUUAACACCUACCACCACCAAGUUUGAUCUGGGGGCACUUACCUCUAUGGUUAUACUUAAUUCCGGAGAAAUUGGGAGAAAAUAUGGAUUGGUGGAAAGUAGCCAAGGGCACGAGAAUACUCUGUUCCCAGCCUAUCUCAUACAUUCGAUUCAUAACCUCCGUAAACUUGAGUUGGUGAAAUAUAAAGGAGUGGAGGUGAUAUUUGAGAUCAAGGGUAGUUCAAAGAGUCAGGAUAAUCAACAUCGAAUACUUCCCUACCUUGAGAAUUUGUAUACAAAUGAUUUGGAGAGGCUGAGUCACGUGUGGAAGUGCAACUGGAAUGAAUUCGUACUUCUUCACACAAAACAAUCAGAAUCCCCAUUCCACAACCUCACAACCAUAGAAAUGAGAAAUUGUCAUAGCAUCAAGUACUUGUUUUCACCUCUCAUGGCAGAACUUCUUUCGAACCUAAAGAAAGUCAAGAUAAAAUGCCUUCCAAAUCUCAAGUGUAUUGGUGGUGGUGGGGCAAAGGCUGGGAACAAUAAAAUAUCUUUCAACAAUACCACUACAACUACCUCCUUUCUUGAUAAUUCUAAGUUUUCUGAAGUGGACGGUGUUUCUUGGAGUUUAUGCCAAUAUCCUAGAGAGAUAAGCAUAAGUAAGUGCAAUGCAUUGUCAAGUGUGAUUCCAUGGUAUGCAGCAGGACAGAUGCAAAAGCUUCAAGUGCUGAAAAUAAAGUCUUGCGACGGGAUGAAGGAGGUGUUUGAAACUCAAUGGAUCAACAAAAGUGUUAUUAUGCUUGAACUGAGAAACCUCAAGAGAUUGGAAAUCUAUAGCUGUGAAUUUUUGGAACAUAUAUUCACAUUUUCCACACUUGAAAGCCUCGAGCAACUUGAAGAGUUAAUGAUAAAGAAUUGCAAGGCAAUGAAAGUGAUUGUGAUGAAGGAGGAAGAUGAUGGAGAGCAAAAAACAAAGGCAUCUUUUUCUAAGGCUGUGGUUUUUCCUCUUUUAAAGCUUAUUGAACUAGUUGAUCUACCAGAGCUGGUGGGUUUCUUUUUAGGGACGAAUCAUGCCUUCAUUGGAUUAUCUUAUGAUUAA